UACGAGCGGCACGUCUUACUGCGUUGGCACUAUCCCUCGAAGCUCCACUGCGAGCACGUCGCUGUGUGCGCGGUCACAGCCGCAAUGCCCAGCUGUUGUGUGCCAGGAUGCAAGUCGCGCGGCUCACAAGGAGUACCAGCCACCUCCUACCAUUUGUUUCCCAAAGAUGCCGUUCGUCGGACAAAGUGGAUAGAAGCAAUUUGGCCCCCGCAUAUUCGCCGGGAACCUGCAAAGGAAGCUCAUGUUUGUUCGAAGCAUUUCUUAGAGGAGCAUUUUGAUCGCACGUCCGCGUUCAAAGUCCGCCUACGAGAGCAUGCAGUUCCUACUCUCUUGCUACCUCAUCCAGUACAACAAGGUGAUAGAGCACCUGAUGCAGCAAGCACCGAUUCAUCCUUUGAUUCCCCUCAGCUCAUGCAAGGUUGCGCUGAAGGCUUGCUGCUGCUUGCACAGGUUGCUGCAACUUCUCAUGAAGGCCUCCAAGCUUGCCUCUCCACACCUGCAUCGCCUGACUUAGCUGCAGGCUUCCACGGGCAGUCCACACUCCAACAGGAAGCCAUGGAUAUACAGCAUGAAAGUGCAGAUCCAAUCAGUUUACCUGACCCAGAUCCCUCCAACCUAAGUGCCAGUCAUUUCAUCGAGCCAGCACUUGUACAGACUCCCAUGGAUAUUGGUGAGGAGAGUGAAGCACAGGCCAGCAUCGCCACACCAGGUCCAUCCGGCCAAGUUGCUGGUAUUCAAUGGGAGCCGGCCCAUGAGCAGGUAAACACACACUUCCACGUGACAUAA